CAGUCAUUCAAUAGAGGCAGCGAAUUACAAAGUCUAUCUUGGUAUCAGCAGCAUCUUCUUCUCUUCUCCAAUGGCUUCUCCCAAAUUUCAUCCCGCCCUUGCCGUUUCAAACAUAAAAAAUUUCAUCACUAUCACUCUUGAUCUUGAAACGGUGGAGUAUUCCUCCUGGACCGAGCUUUUUAAAAUCACUGCUAGAGCCUACCAAGUCAUUGAUCACAUUAUUCCUCCUAGCCCCACUACUCCCGUUGCCACACCUCCCCACCUCACCAUUGAGCAGCGACUCGCCCAAGAGGCAGCCGACAUUGAAGCCCGCUCCUUGUGGGAUCGCCUUGAUGCCAUUGUGUUACAAUGGAUCUAUGGCACUAUCUCUCACGAUCUCCUUCAUACCAUCAUUGAGCCCGAUUCUACGGCUCACCAUGCUUGGGAGCGCCUCCAGGAUAUUUUCCAAGACAACAAAAAUUCCCGGGCUACGUACUUGGAAAACCAAUUCUCCAACACCCGGUUGGAUCAAUUCCCCAAUAUUGCUGCUUAUUGCAAAACCUUGAAGGUUCUUGCGGAUCAACUCACCAACGUUGACUCUCCCGUCUCUAACCAGAGACUUGUUUUCCGCAUGGUCAAUGGGCUACCAGAACAAUAUGACACCGUCGCCUCUCUCAUUCCACAAGCUGAUCCGGUACCUUUGUUCUCCAAGGCGCGAUCUAUGCUUAUUCUGGAGGAAUCCCGCAAGCAUCAACAGGUCACUCCGCCCGCCGCUCUUCUCCACACGGCAGAUCCACCGUCUCCUUCUCCACGCCCAGCCCGUACCGACAAUCGGGGUGCUCGACCUCGUGGGCGUGUGAGUUCAAAUCGCGGCGGCCGACAACGCUCGAACCCUCGGCCAGAAGGUUUUCGUCAGCACUAUGCCACUCCGUACCCAGGACAGUGGCCCCCCAACCACUACGCUUACUGGCCUCAGGGUAGCCCUUGGGUUGCACCUCCAUGUCCUUACCCUUCGGUGCCAUGGCAGACUCCGGCAGCCGCAACCUCCACUCCAACUGCCGGGAUUCUUGGGCCUCGUCCUCAACAGGAUCACUAUGUCGCUGCUCCUCCUACUCCAACAGAUUUACAGGCCGCCAUUGUAACACCCCGGCCCCGUAGGCCCCGAGGUAGUUACUUCUGACCUCUAGUACUGUCCCCACAAACCACCACGAGCCUUUACCGCACACUUUGUCCUCACUCAUGCGCGCCCUGAGAAACUUCCCAGGGGGUCACCCAUCCCAAGACUACUCCCGUGCAAGCACGCUUAACUCUGGAGUUCUUGGGUGAUGAGCUCCCUUAAAAGGAGAUGCACCUCUGUUGGUAUGAGUAGUACUAUUAAUCCAUUUAAAUUAAAUCUCAAGUAUUACAAUCACUCCCACUUAGGAACGCAACGUCCUCGUUGCGCCCAUAAACCAAUCUCAAUCAUAUCCCAGAAUCUUUUCCCCUGCUAAGUGCCCGCCCGAUAUCCAACGGAUCAACACACUGUCGCAGGAUUGCUCUGAUACCACUUGUAACACCCCGGCCCCGUAGGCCCCGAGGUAGUUACUUCUGACCUCUAGUACUGUCCCCACAAACCACCACGAGCCUUUACCGCACACUUUGUCCUCACUCAUGCGCGCCCUGAGAAACUUCCCAGGGGGUCACCCAUCCCAAGACUACUCUCGUGCAAGCACGCUUAACUCUGGAGUUCUUGGGUGAUGAGCUCCCUUAAAAGGAGAUGCACCUCUGUUGCCAUGAACACGAUGACCCUCACACCACCGGAUGACAGUUGGUACUUGGACACCGGGGCAACGUCGCACAUGACCUCUUCUUCAGGAUCUCUAAUCGGGGGCACAGGUUCUCCGGUGCAAUAGUUCAAGUCAUCUCUACCCCGUCACACCAUCGUCUGCUCCUCAAGUCUCGCCAAACGUCGCUCUUCUCACCUUACCCGCCGACUUAUGGCAUAGCCGUCUUGGUCAUCCCGGCGACCCAGUAUUUCAUUUUAUUAGUGCAAAUAAAAUUAUUUCAUGUAAUAAUAAAAUGAGGUCUUCUGCUUGUACCUCUUGCCAGUUAGGCAAACAUAUUAAGCUUCCAUUUACUUCGUCUUUAUCUGUAACAUCCGAACCGUUUGAUUUAAUUCAUAGUGAUUUGUGGACUUCUC